AUGGUUUCUUGUCCGGAUUUAGGUAAGAAAGUGCUCAUCGUCUACGCGCACCAAGAGCCCAGGUCUUUCAACGGGUCCCUGAAGGACGUGGCGGUGGCGGAACUGAGCCGGCAGGGCUGCACCGUCACCGUUUCUGAUCUCUAUGCCAUGGACUUUGAGCCUAGGGCCACAAGGAAAGAUAUCACUGGCGCCCUCUCCAGCCCCGAGUUCUUCAGCUAUGGUGUGGAAGCGUACGAGGCCUGCAAGAAGAGGUCUCUGAGCAGCGACAUCAUCGCGGAGCAGCAGAAGGUCCAGGAGGCCGACCUAGUGAUGUUCCAGUUCCCACUGUACUGGUUCAGCGUGCCGGCUGUCCUGAAGGGCUGGAUGGACAGGGUGCUGUGCCAGGGCUUUGCCUUUGACAUCCCAGGAUUCUACGACGACGGCCUCCUCAAGGGUAAACUGGCCAUCCUGUCCUUAACCACGGGCGGCACGGCUGACAUGUACUGGAAAACUGGAGCCAGCGGAGACUUCCGAUACUUCCUGUGGCCCCUCCAGCACGGCACGCUGCACUUCUGUGGAUUUAAAGUCCUUGCCCCUCAUAUCAGUUUUGCUCCUGAAUUUGCAUCAGAAGAAGAAAGAAGGGGGAUGGUGGCCUCCUGGGCGCAGAGGCUGAAGACCAUCUGGAACGAGGAGCCCAUCCCCUGCUCGCCCCCCUGGUACUUCGGCAAAGCCGCGAUCCUCUGGGAUUUAAAAAGCGGCCAGGAGGCUCGGCCGGGCGCGGGGCGGGCACUCUCAUCGUCCUCCUCCGGGGCAGGAGCGGGCGCGGAGGCGGAGCGAGCAGUCCACGCCUUCCGCCAGCCGAGCUCCUUCAGUCGGCGCGCAGGCGACGUGGACACCGGACUGGCCUCCCGGAGCGCGGGGCCCGGCGGCCCACACGGAGGGGAGCCGGAGCGCGCUGACCCGCUAGGCUGCACGCGGCGGACGGCAGGCCCGCGGAGCCGGGCGCGCCCCGCGCCGGCGAGGCUGCCGGGCGUCGGAGCAACUCCGGGCUGCCCCCGCCACCUCUUCCCUCACCCGGUCUCGGGCCUGGGGAAGUUUCCCGCGGAAGCGAAAGCGAAUCCUUCGCUACAGCUGCGCGGCGAAGCGCGGUCGCAGGGUUACGCAGGCGUCCCAGGCCGGGCCUCCUCCGCUGCCCUUCGGAAGGACCUUUGA